UACACGACAGGAAACAUAUGUUAUUAAAUUCCAAGAUUAGUAUUUUGCCACUUCACUGUGGCAUUCAGUCACCAGGCAACAGUACAGGUAUAUAUAUAUAUACAGCACAAAAUCAAGAUGUCGCAUUCUGAUCGGGACCGAGCCAAGGAAAAGGCAGCCCGACUUCUGAAGAAACAAGGUAGCCUGACGUCUCUCAACAGUAGCGAGGCUACAUUAAGACAUGGUGACCGACUUAGUCGCUUUGAAACAACCAGCACAGUUUCCUAUAUGGAUGAGCCUGGGCAUGAUGAGCAUUUUAAACCACCUGCUCGCUAUGAAAAUACCUAUCAGCUAGAACGCAAAAAAAUUCCAUACUCCAUUGUCAAAAGCAUCAUGCAGGAUGUACUGGAUGGUUACUUAGCUGAAGAGAAAUAUGAACCAGAGCUGUGUCGACAAAUGACCAAAACAUUAUCUGAGGUCAUUAAAGCCAAAGUGAAGGAGCUGAUGAUUCCACGUUACAAGAUUAUUUGUCUGGUGCAUAUAGGACAGAUGGGAGAUCAGGGCAUUCGCAUAGGCAGCCGGUGCCUGUGGGAUCAUGUAAAUGAUUCAUUUGCUUGCUCAGAGUUUAAAAAUAAUUCCCUGUAUGCUAUUGCAUCAGUAUAUGGAGUCUAUUAUGAGUAAACAUUAGGUGUCAUUUGCAUGUGUGAAUGGUGUAUCAUGAGAAAAUGUCUUGCAUAGGUGAAUCAGUGGUGACAAAAAAUGCAACCAUUUCAAAUUUGUAGUUUUCACAUGAAGGUGAAGUAUUUAUAUUUAUACUGAUUAACUUUAGUGAAUGAACAAUGAUAUUUAAGAAUCAGAAGCAAAUAGUAGUCUUGUACUUAAACCAUGUGGUAAAUAUUUGAAAGAUAUUCAGAGAUUUUGCUUCUGAAAGUUUUCAAGCUGCUGGCCAAAGAUUUUUAUUAAAAUUUUAUAUAGUUAUAUAAUUCAAAAUUAGCAAAACAUUGCAACAUCUUAAAGUAAUUGGCAAAAUGUCCUUAUUUCUGAGUAUUUUUGAUUAAUACUUUAGUCAAUAGAUGGUAGAUGAACAGGAUUGAGAAGAGUGAGAGGUGGAACAAGAAUGCAAGGAAAGUAAAUUAACACUAAGAGCAUUUAUAGCCCUAAUUUUACAAACAUAAAAUAUGUGACAUACUGACAGAACUAACUUAAAUUUUUUUGUUGUAAAUAUUUAUUUUAAUGACUUUUUUUUUUGUAUUAUAAACAAAAUGUUUACAUUCAGUGUACAGUUCUGUGGUGGUCAUUUUCCUUGAACAGUUGUGAUUUUAUGUGUGUAGUGGAAACAGGAAUAGAACGGCCCUCAGUGUCAUCCUUCCACCAAUGUGCUUUAUAUAUGCAUCAUAUAAUACCUUUCUAAUGGUAGCUACUUCAGUAUGUUAACCAUUGUAAGUAAUGUUGUGCUGACUAGUACUUAUACCUUUAUACUUACACAAGUAAUUGUCCCGCUGAAGCCAUGAAAAGUUGUAGAGGGUGGGUCACUGUUGAUUUCAAACAAUAACCAGAGGCACAUCACCUGAUAAAUGCUGCAACCAAAGAUGCUUUUGCCCAUGUACUUGUUGAUGAUCCAGCAUGUAUUGGUGUGACUCAAACCAGACACAAGGACGUUUUAAAAUAUGGGCUUUUUGUCUUAACAGAAAGUGAAAUUGCCAAAAGAAAAAAGUACUUGUCUCGUUAAAAAAAAAAAAAAAAAGCCUCUAUUUCAAAUAACUUGGUUCUUUGAAAUGAAGGCUUUGUUUCUUCAAUAUCUUUAUUGACUACUGCUGAUAGAAGGCAGCUGUGCUAUUUACACACCCACACACACAUAUAUACCUAAAUUUUUGGCAUUUUACAUGCCUGCAUCUUAAACCUUUAUCAUAUCGUGUGUCAAAUCUGUGAUACUGUUUACCAUCCAGUAUAUAACAUGAAUUUUUAAAACAUUGCUUUGUCAAAAUUGCGUGUGUAUGUAAAUGAAUGCUUUGCAUUUCAAUUACUUUUGACAUGCUAAGUACUCAUACAAGUACUUUCUUUUGUAAAUACGUUUCAUGUAAUAUUUAUAUGUCAUAUAAUUAUGUAUGAAGCCUUCAUUAGCUGAAUUAGACUUUGGCUAAUUGGCAUCUUGUUUCUUGCAGUAUGCAGAACAAGAAAACAUUCCUCAAUUGUAAUCUAAGAUAAUUAACAAUUUAAAAUAAGUUUAUUUGUGUAAAUGUAAUAUAAAAUGAUGCUGUCUGCUCGGUAGAUGAUCUAAAAAAAAAAAUAGUUUGCAUUUAAAAAUAUCACUACAAUAGUUUAGGAAUGCAGUGCAGGAUUUCUAGCUGAAUACGGCAAGUUUUACUAAUUAGUACAUGCAACAUUCAAUAGGUGGCAUUGCAGCUAUUAUGUUAUGGUCUCCAGUCUUUCAUAAUUGCAGCCAAGACUUUUCAUUGGUAGCCAGUGUACUUUAGCUUAACACAAUUGCUGUCCAAAGUUUUGGAUAUCAAAUGCUGUACCUUUCAGCACAAAUCACUUGUUAUAGUCUUAUGGUACUGCCUUUUCUGUUUUGGAAAAAAGCAAUUCCACUUACCAAGAAUCUAGCUUAAGGUGCUGGGGUAGGAGGGAAAAGAUGUUAAAUUAACCAAUUCCAAACUUGAGAGAUUCUUUUGUCAUAUUACACUAUGUAACAUUCCUUGAUACCUGAGUAUACAGCAUAUAUUUUCAAAAAUUCAUCAUUAAGUGCAUUGAAAUACAAUUGUGAUCAGCAAAUUUUU